AUGAUACUCAUUGUCGUCGAUUUCAACUUUCAUGUUGUGACUUGUGCUUCACUUCAUUUUGGGGAAAUUCGACCUGGUGCUUUAAGGGGAAAUCACAGACAUCAUACUUGUAAUGAGACACUUGUCAUUUGGGGUGCUAAAACAAAAUAUAGGUUGGAGAACAGCCAAGUAGUUGGUAAAGGUUAUGCUGAAGUGAUAAUUGAUGCAGACGAGGUUGCUGUUGCAGCUAGCCCAAGCGGAACUGCCCAUGCUUUAGUAAACGUGGAUCCAAUACGAAGUUCAUACUUUAUAGGGUGCCAAGACAGUAUUGUAAAUUAUAGCAACUCAUCUACUGAUUUUAAUGUUUGGAAAGAUCUUUAAGCUUUAUUUUUUGCAAGUUUUGCUUGGUUUCCCUUUCCAGUCUGACAUGCUUCAUUUUUUUUUUAAAUUGCCCAAUAGGUGACUACUGUACUAGGGCAUUCCAAG